UGUUGAUGUAGUUAAAUUGUAGUACUGGUUCUUGAUAAUUGUUGUUCUUUAGUUCAUCAAAAUUAUAUAGGUCAAGUUCAAGUAAAUUAUCUAAAUGGGCAACGAUUACUCAUCCGGAGUUUCUUGUAUCGGGGAAUCGCGGAAAGGACCAGGAGGAGAAGCGAUAGAGACUCCGAUCAUGUCGAACUCGUCGCAACCGCGAAUCCGUAGGGUCCCAGGGAAACCGCCGCCACCUGUCGUGCAACAAGGAAAUGACGGACAAGAAGGUGGAGGUGGGUCUACUUCGUCAACGAGUGGUCCUGCUGGUGGCGCUGCCCCCUCAGCAUCCAGUGCCCUAGAUGCCAAGCGCGCAAACACUUUGAAGAGCAAGAAGAGGAAAGAGCGAACCCAGGAUGACGUGCGUUUUGACAGAGUGAUUUUCCUUGGUACUAGCAGUGCUGUUCCAGUCCCUGGGAAGAGAAACAUGUCCAGUCUCCUGAUCAGCAGCACAAAUGGGUCAUCGAUAAUGGUAGAUUGCGGAGAAGGCACGCAACACCAAUUGAAAACCUGUACGAGAGCGAAAAGUUCGAAUGUGGAUCUGAUCUGCAUCACGCAUUUGCACGGAGACCAUUGCUACGGACUAUUUGGGUUUUUGUUGACCUGUGGACAAGACAUGCGAGCAAAUCCGAUCACGGUCGUGGGACCGGAAGGGGUACUGAAUUCAUUUGUUCCUACUAGAUUCUUGUUGUAAUUAUGUACUUAUCUAAAAAUAAAGGUAAUUUGUCUUGUUGAUCUUCUAACGCAACCGCUAUCCGUUUUCUUGUGAUCGUUUGCUGCACCUCCUACUCCUAGUAAGACCUUCGUAUUAAUACGCAAGUUCAUCUCAAUCACAAUCUCUACUUCAAAAAAAAAAUGAAUUUCAUCAGAUCUUCGACCUUGUAAUGACGGUUUUCAGCAUGAGUGGUGGAUGGGCUGGGUACUAUGAUCUCAUAUUCGUUGAAAUACCACACGAACUCCACGCAAAAAGAGAAAGCGUCGACCUAACCCAUACCCUAUGCGAAGAACUGGCUUAUCUGCGUCUCACAGCAGCUCCCUUGAUCCACGCCAUGCCAUGCUGGGGUUAUGUGCUCCAAGAAUUAGACAGACCAGGGAAGUUAGACGUCGCGAAAGCGAGACGGCUGGGCGUGCCGAAUGGGCCAUUGCUAGGCAAAUUGAAACGGGGAGAGGACGUAGAAGUGCCAGCUGAUGGAGCGUCAAAGACGAUGAUACUUACGGCUCCUGACCAAAUUGUGUUAACAUUAAGUAAGUACUAACCUCCACGGUUGAACUUGAAUACUUUGUCUCUGGUUGGGUCCUACUCCUAUGUAUAAGAACUGUCUUUUGUUUUUCGUAUCGCGUUGUACAAAACAUGCAGAUGAAGUAGCACAAGAAGCACAAACACCAUGUACUUGUAAGAGAAAAACUUACUCAAAUCCCGAAUUCCAAAUACUUAGAAGAAACCUCUAAUCCUCGUGCCACCGAUGUAGUUUCUGAAGACGUGCCCGGUCGAAAGAUUUGCGUCCUGCAGGAUUCCAGUGAUAGCUCUUUUGCCUUAGAUGCUUGCAGAAAUGCGGACGUUUUCAUUCACGAAGCCACACUAGAGUCUAGUAUGAAAGCUGAGGCGAUUGAAAAAGGACACUCAACCCCUCACAUGGCAGCUGAUUGGGCUAAUGAGGCAGGAGCAAAGAAACUCGUUUUGACUCAUUUCUCUGCGCGAUACAACCCAACUAGCAGUGGCACAACUGCAAUAGCGGCAGCAAAUGGAAGCACGGUGCCUGUUUUCCGAGCUGGAAUAGUGGUGAAGAAUGGGAUACUUGGUACUAGUGGAUCCGCAGAGGCUGGGGAUGAUGUCGACAUGUGCUGUCCGUCGCCUUCAGGUGGGGACAAAAUGGACACAGCGACCACUAGUUCUAAGCACCUCCCCACACCUGUUUCUACACCCAGAUCGAGCGAAAAUGGAGGCGGCGUACAGGACACUGCAGAUGUAAUGGCAUGUUGUGAACUCGUGGAUCCCGCCGACGCUGUUCUAGCUCAAGAAGCUCGUGAGAUUUUCACUCGUGGUGAGGUGGUAGCAGCAAAAGACUUCAUGAUGUUGGAAGCAACGAGUACGGACUUCACUGUGUGCAAAGAAUUGGUGGUGAAGAGGUUACCGUUUGCCAGGACAGUAGGAGGUGAUUCGUCGACCAAAACAAAAGCAGUGACUGGCUCCUCAAGUUCAGGGCAAGCUGUGAACGCUGGUGGGUCAUGACGAUAAUUGCGAAAAAAUUUUCGUACGAUCUACUUAUCUCUUACGCUGACAUCAUCUUCUCCACAUUGUUCAGUUUCAGAUCCGCUUGCGCGCAUGAAAUACCAUACGCGAUAUGGGGACACGACAGAAAUCUCUGAACCAUUCAACAACCUUUCCCUGUUUAGCCUUAUGCACCCAGAAGAGGUGAAACCACCUUCAUUUGCAAGUACUUACACGCAUCUUCUACACUCUCACUCUUGUAACAGUCAUGGCUGUUGGAAGGAGCCACC